AUGAUUGGAUUGGCCAGGUGGAACGUCACAUUUUUGGGUACCCUCCUUGGCUUCCUAAUUCUGAACGCAUUGUCUUACCCCGAAUCUGCACCCCGCGGAAGGAGCCUUUCCGAGCUGUCCCUCUAUCUGGAGAAUCUCGCAGAAGCAGAGAACUACCAAUUAGGUAAUUUUCAACCCCACGAUUAUGCCGUACAGGAAUACAAUCGCCACUGUAGCAGAUGGAAUAAUUAUAACUGUGGAAAUGCAUAUGACAGGGAAGCUACAUCCCACGACCAGGUGUAUAGAAAGGAAGGGUACGAGUUAGCCUCGGCGAAUAACAACGGUCUCUGGGGCCAAUACAAUUCAUGUCAAAAGCAGCGCAUAGAUGUUUAUCGAAAUGGAAAAAAAUUGAGAUUUGGAGACGAAAUUGAUUUUUCAUUGUGUAAAGAAAAUCAAAUAAUUAUAAGAAAAUACAGCAAAAAUGGUAGACUCCCCUUUGGAUGCACCCAAUGGGAUCUUUCGCAAAUUUUGUCGAACAAACAACUUUUAAAAAAGGUAACUUAUAUAAAGUUAGAUAUAAGUAUGCGUAAAGCCUUCAUUGGUUACUACUACUUUAUUGUUUACCUAAACAGAUGCUACUAUAGGAUGGUACAUAAAUUGAGAACGUGGUUCAUGGAUUUAGCAAAUUCGUAUAACAUACCCAACAACGUUCGACUGGCGUACUGGGAGGAGUGUCAAAAGUAUCUCAUGAAGGACCUGGGAGUAAUAGAAGAAAUGUCUACAAAUUAUUUCGAUAAACUUGUAACAUCGUACCACACGGUGUCCUUUAUAUACUAUGAGUUGCUCUUGGCACGCUGUAGAACAUUGUGGAAAAAGGUUAUAUUAAAUAACAGAGUACAAUGGAGCCGUAUAUUGUCAUCGUGGGUCAUGAAAUAUAGAUCGGAUAUGAAGCUUAGGGAACAAAAACGCAGAAGAAUUGGGGAGAGCAGAUACGACCACCAUAGCGUCAGCGACCACGCAGAGACAGCAUCAUAUACCACGGAGAUACAGUCCCAAGUACCACAGGGAAACAGCGAUGACGUUGGUGAUCUGAUUUCCUGGUAA